AUGUCUCAAAUUACUUUAGGUCGUUACUUAUUCGAAAGAUUAAACCAAGUUGAUGUUAAAACCAUCUUCGGUUUACCAGGUGACUUCAACUUAUCCUUAUUGGACAAGAUCUACGAAGUCCCAGGUAUGAGAUGGGCUGGUAACGCUAACGAAUUAAACGCUUCUUACGCUGCUGAUGGUUACGCUAGAAUCAAGGGUAUGUCCUGUAUCAUCACCACCUUCGGUGUCGGUGAAUUAUCCGCUUUAAACGGUAUUGCCGGUUCUUAUGCUGAACAUGUUGGUGUCUUACACGUCGUCGGUGUCCCAUCCAUCUCUUCUCAAGCUAAGCAAUUAUUAUUACACCACACCUUAGGUAACGGUGACUUCACUGUCUUCCACAGAAUGUCCGCCAACAUCUCUGAAACCACUGCCAUGAUCACUGACAUUGCUACCGCUCCAGCUGAAAUUGACAGAUGUAUUAGAACUACCUACGUCACCCAAAGACCAGUCUACUUAGGUUUACCAGCCAACAUUGUUGACUUAAAGGUUCCAGCCUCCUUAUUAGACACCCCAAUUGACUUAGCUUUGAAGCCAAACGAACCAGAAGCUGAAGCUGAAGUUAUUGAAACCAUCCUUGAAUUAGUCAAGAACGCCAAGAACCCAGUCAUCUUAUCCGAUGCUUGUGCUGGUAGACAUGACGUCAAGGCUGAAGCUAACCAAUUGAUUGACAUCACCAAGUUCCCAGCCUUCGUCACCCCAAUGGGUAAGGGUACUAUCAACGAAUCUAACCCAAGAUUCGGUGGUGUCUACGUCGGUACCUUAUCUAGUCCAGCUGUCAAGGAAGCUGUUGAAUCCGCUGACUUAAUCUUAUCCGUCGGUGCCUUAUUAUCUGACUUCAACACCGGUUCCUUCUCUUACUCUUACAAGACCAAGAACAUCGUUGAAUUCCACUCUGACUACAUCAAGAUCAAGAGCGCUACUUUCCCAGGUGUUCAAAUGAAAUUCGUCUUACAAAAAUUAUUAAAGGUUAUUGGUGCCGCUGCUAAGCACUACAAGCCAGUUCCAGUUCCAGCUGCUCCAGCUGCUAACCCAGCUUGCGACCCAUCUACCCCAUUGAAGCAAGAAUGGAUGUGGAGACAAUUAUCCAACUUCUUACAAGAAGGUGAUAUUGUCUUAACUGAAACCGGUACCUCUGGUUUUGGUAUCAACCAAUGUACUUUCCCAAACGAAACUGUCGGUAUCUCUCAAGUCUUAUGGGGUUCCAUUGGUUACACUGGUGGUGCCGUUUUAGGUGCUGCUUUCGCUGCUGAAGAAAUCGAUCCAAAGAAGAGAGUUGUCUUAUUCAUUGGUGACGGUUCCUUACAAUUAACUGUUCAAGAAAUCUCCACUUUAAUCAGAUGGAACUUGAAGCCAUACUUAUUCGUCUUAAACAACGACGGUUACACCAUUGAAAGAUUAAUCCACGGUGAAAAGGCUGGUUACAACGACAUUCAACCAUGGAAGCACUUAAACAUCUUAGAAACCUUCGGUGCUAAGGACUACGAAAACCACAGAGUUGCUACCACCGGUGAAUGGGACAAGUUAACCACCGACAAGGCUUUCAACGAAAACUCCAGAAUCAGAUUAAUUGAAGUUAUGUUACCAGUCAUGGAUGCACCAUCCAACUUAAUUGCUCAAGCUAAGUUAACUGCUUCUAUCAACGCUAAGCAAGAAUAA